AUGUCGCUGAGUGCAGGGCGUAGCAGUACUGGGAUGGGUUUCACUAAAGUGAGGCAGUUCUCCUCUAGCUCCAGUGUGUUAGCCACUCUAAAUCAAAUCAAGCGCGGUGCAGGCCCACCAAAGAAGAAGCGUAUCAGUAUGGCACCGGACUUAGAGAGGUGUCCCAUCAGGAAAGGUGUUGUGCUCAGAGUUAUGGUCCUGAAACCGAAGAAACCGAACUCGGCGCAACGUAAAGCCUGCAGAGUAAGGCUUACCAAUGGGAAAGUGGUCUCUGCUUACAUUCCAGGCGAAGGCCACGACGCCCAAGAGCACAGUGUUGUCUAUGUUAGAGGAGGCCGUUGCCAGGACCUGCCAGGUGUAAAAUACCAUGUGGUACGUGGUGCUGGUGAUCUGAGCGGUGUGGUCAAUAGAAUUACCUCAAGAUCGAAAUACGGUGUAAAGAAACCCACAAAGGAAUGA